AUGGUUUUUAGAAGGACUAGAACACUCGUUCUCGCCUGCCUCCUUAUUUCCCUCUCGGUUAUGAUGAUUCUUAAAACACAUAUGAUCCCAAUAAAUUCACCUCUUCACCACAGCCAAAAAACCCGCGAAAGACUCGUGGCGAGCGAAGGGAUGACAACGAUGGAGACCCCAAGGACAACAAAAGAGACCCCAGACACCUCAAUAAGUCUGUUUGUGAGAAUGUCUGGCAAGCGACCAGAUCACAGGGAACGUUAUUUCUGUAACGUGUUCAGGACUGCCGUUCUAUUCUGGCCUCCUUCGUUUGGAAAUUUUGUCAUAGCACUUGAUGAGGAAUCACAAGAGGAUCAUGAAUUUGCCGAAAAGUUAAAAACCCAAGCUCAAAAAUACUUUCCUGAUCGUAAACUUGAAUUCUUUUAUGAGCCUCUUCCAAAAAAACAAGAUACGCUGGCGUUUCAAGGCUCGCCUAAACCAGCCGGUUACAACAGACAGCUUUGGAGCAGUUUCUUUAUCGACUUGCUUUCAAAUGACACUGUCAUUGCGUGGAUGGACAGUGACUCAGCCUUUUUCACCCCAGUAACAAAAUCCACAAUUUUUAAUGGGACAAAGUUACGAGUCUUAGGCACAGGCUGUACAUUACAGGACUCCGGUAGGAGCUGGGUACAUUCCUGGGCACAUACUUCACAACUGGCACUAGGAGUACCAUUUGUCGCUGAUUUUAUGACUUAUUUUCCGGUUUAUAUGUACCGGGACACUGUCACUCAUUGCAGACAGCAUAUCCUGAAACAUUUAAACACAAAUAAUUUUGAAGAGGCCUUCAGAAUGUUUUACAAGGACUUUAUCUCUCCAGUUAGCGUUAUACUCAGUUAUGCAUUUUACUUUGAGAGAGAUCGCUACGACUGGAAUUUUAAAAUCUGCAACGACCUAGCAGAAUAUAACAAAAGGUUUCCAAGUGGCCAAACCAUUGCGCCAGAACAUGUACAAGAUGUUCUUACCGAGCCUCAGACAGGUUAUCAUGGUUGGGCUGGUCCUAGAUUCAGCAAAAAUACCCUAGCUAGUUACUGUUUAUCUCACAAAGCAGCAGGAAAUAAUUUGGAUAUAUGCUCUAAUCGUACCUUGUCGCCAAGUGAUAAUUUAAUUUUUUUUGUCCACGAUCUUCAGAUGGGUAAUAGAAAUCACCCAUGCAAGGGUAACAUCACCCAAACUUGCUUGCAAGUUUUAGAACGUCAUUAUAACCAAGUCGGACGAGAGAUAAAACAAGGUCGUAAGCUAGAAUGGAGCACUCUAGAAACUGCCGAGAAGAUUGCCAGCGAAUUUGGUGUAACAUGUCAGCCGAUUCCAGUUUGA